AUGGAUCCCCCCGACCCCUUACCGCUCCGUAUAACGAGGAGCGCCUCCUCGUCCUCGUCCCUCCACUUCAAGCCGCGCGACCGAAAACUUCAUCUGCUAGUGGCUGCCAAUGGUCCCCGAGAUAUAUCAUGGGCACAGGCUCUCGUCGUCCGUCUCUCCAAGAGUUCGGCCAUUGAGAUGCGCGCCAUCGUCGACGAUGCUGUGCCCCGCCUAAGCCAAACUGUCAUCACCUUGCAGAACCGAUCCAUGACCCUGCCGCUAGGUCCAUCGCGCGCCGGCUCCGAAGCAGACGUUGACGACAUCGAAUUCUACCGCCAGCAGGCAUUCGAGCUAGUCGAGUGGGCCGAUCUCCUCGUUCUCGCCCCGAUUGACGCCGACACCAUCGCCAAGAUGAUGGUGGGGAUCGCGGAUACUUUCCUUCUCGAAGUCCUGCGCGGCUGGGAUACGGCGAAAAAGGUGCUCCUCGUCCCUGGAAUGAGCACGCACAUGUGGGAGAACCCAGUCACAAAAAGGCAGUUGAACAAAAUCAAUAGCAAAUGGCCUUGGGUAAGAGCUAUGCCACCUAUACUCUGGCACUACGACAGCUCCCACAAACACCCCAAGCGAAUCGUCAACUGGAACGGCUUCAAUGACGUGUUGGGUAUUAUCAAAAACCAAGCGGACUUGCUUGGCCUGGGUCGGGAUGUUGACGUUGUCACCCACCUCGGCUAUCUCGCCUCGGGUGAUCCGCGAGUCUAUUCCAACUUGCCGCCCGAGAUUUGGACUAUUAUCCUCGACUUUGCUGGUGACUGGGAGCUCGCACAGGCUUUGGGGAUUUUCACCAACCUACCCAUGCCACAUCCCUGGAAGUUACAGCCCAGGAACGCCAACGAUCUGCUCAAGGUCUACGAACACGAGCUGGAGUGGCUCGUACUUACAUGCGACUCGACAUCCAUUUGCAAGAAGCUGCUUCAAUCACCGCCCACCUUCCACGAACUCCCGGCUCUUGUUAUUAAACUUCUAAUCCGCUUUUCGCUCAUUGAAGUCUUGGCCUGGAUGGAGGCCAACCGCCCUGACCUCUUCCAGGCCUUUGACGGCAAGGUCCUCGCGACCAAGGCGUCGGCAUACUUUGGCCGCCCCGACGUCCUCGACUAUUGGAAGGAGAGUCGAUAUUUCCGUGGCCGUCACCAGCAGUGCUAUGAUGCCGAAGUCCUUGACGGCGCAUCCAAGAACGGGUAUAUCCAGGUUCUCGACUGGUGGUGGCGUCGCUCCGGCUUGCCCCUCCGCUUCACCGAAGCAGCUCUCGAGCAGGCCAGUGGAAAGGGGCAUCUUCUCGUACUCGAAUGGUGGCGCGAUGCCGCCGCUCAGGAUGAGAAUAUCGUGCUCAGACCUGGGAAAUCGUUGUUGUGGGCCGCCCAGCACGGCCAGGUUGAUGUCAUCCGCUGGUGGGUGGCCUCUGGCAUUCCUGUAGCUAAUGGUGAUGCUGUGGCAAAGAUGGCUUCGCGGUGGGGCCAGGUCGGGGUCCUUGAACUCUGGAGGAAGCUCAAGGGCGACGACAAGCUUGCUUUCGAUGGCGAAGUCCUUGUUCAACCGACGAUCCACCAGCACAUUGGGGUUUUGGAGUGGUGGCGCAAGUUCGCAUAUGGCGAGCUUGAAGGGAUGGAGGGGCGGAAACAUCGCGUUGAAUACCGAACCUGCGAUAUCGAAGAGGCACUGGAGGACAGCAUCGGCGACCAAGAGCUGGUGCGGAAGUGGUGGGCUAGUAACGGGCUCAACCUGGGUCUUCGCAACGUUGAGUGGAUGAGGCCCAAAUAUCUGUAG